GCUUUCACUCGCCGAAUCGAUUUCAAUUGAGUUCCCAAUCUCCUGUACGUGUACGUAGUGGUUGCACUGUUGUUUGUGCGGUGGAUCGACGGAGCAUUUCUAGCAUUUAUUAGUGGCACUUCUGCUUCUUAAUAGUUACCACUAUAUUUAUAAAUUAUUUGUAUAUAAUUGUAUAAAUUGUUUGUAUAAGUUUGCUGCUAAGUUAAACAUAAUUUAACUAAAAACAAACAGAAAUGGCACAAAACGUGAAAAACAACAAGAACAAGGGCAACAAGAAUCAGAACAAGAAGGGUCAUCAGGAUAAGUCAGCAAAGAAAAGCAAAUCCAGCACAAAAAAAUCGUCAGUUUGUCCAUGGCUGUUUGGCAGCUUCCUACUUCUUGGUGCAAUCGCAGGAGUGCUAGUUUACGAUACAAACGUUAACGGCAAGGGCGUUUUCCAAAAAUCCGUUACCGGUAAAUUCCUUAAAGAUGCUGGCGCAUUACCAUACGUGGAGACCGCGUGGUAUACAGUCAUGUCGAACUGUGCACGAGGUUAUAAGUGGGCGGAAGUGAAUUUACCGCCUGUAUUCGCAAAGGCUUGCGAAGUCUCGAAACCCUAUGUGGAUCUGUCGAAAGAUCUAUUAAAAAUAGGAUGUAACACAUUAACCAGUGUUUGGGAGAACCUCAAAGAUUUAGUAGCAAGAAAGGGGCCAGUUGUAACAGAAUUUAUUGAACAAUAUGCACCGGGUCUGCCGCAGAAAAUCCAAGACUUUUCCGUGUCUGCUUGGGCGACCUCGGUCGAAGUGUACCAAAACAGUUGUGAUUUUAUGAAGACAAAGGUCUUUGUAGGCAACUUAUCCCCCGAGAAUUUAUCAAAAGCUUUAAAUCAAACGCAAGCUGUUGCGGCGGAGUACUACAGUUGGUUUCAUGAAAAAGUCGACGCAUAUGCCAAAAUAAAAUGAUUCUAAGAAAAUAUGCAAGAAAACUUGUAUGAUUUAAGUAUAUGUAUUUUAGAUCCAUUUUUGUCAUUUUUCCCUAUAGUUUUUAUAAAAAAAGGUAUAUCUUGAAAAGGAAAAAAAUUGUAUGAUUUUUAUUCUCCUUUUUCUCACCUGCUUUCCAAAAUGUUCAAAUAAAACAAGUCGAUGGAGGAGACCUACUAGCGUUUUAUACGAAUAUACACAGAAAAAGUAUGGAGAUGUGUCUAUAUGCAGAUAUAUAUUGAUAUAUAUGUGUGUAUAUGCAGAUAUAUAUUUAUUUUGGUUGAGAAAAAAUAGAAUUUACAGAAGCAACACAUAAAAAGAAACCAGAGUAAUUGAUCAGUCAAAAAGAAAACUAUUCAUGAAUUGUUUGUUGUCUGAGUUUUCCUAAUGUAAUAAAAUAAUGUAUUGUAACAUA